CUUCGACGACCCGGGGCAGAGCUCCGCGAUCCAAGCGCCAGGCUCGCCGAGCGAAGUGGGCGGGCGGCUCGGGACCAUGGCCAGGGCCGGCAUGGAGCGCUGGCGUGACCGGCUGGCCCUGGUGACGGGAGCCUCGGGGGGCAUCGGCGCGUCCGUGGCCCGGGCGCUGGUCCAGCAAGGACUGAAGGUGGUGGGUUGUGCCCGCACCGUGGGCAACAUCGAGGAGCUGGCCGCCGAAUGUAAGAGUGCAGGCUACCCCGGGACUUUGAUCCCCUACAGAUGUGACCUGACAAAUGAGGAGGACAUCCUUUCCAUGUUCUCGGCUAUCCGUUCUCAGCACAGCGGUGUGGACAUCUGCAUCAACAAUGCCGGCCUGGCCCGGCCGGACAGCCUGCUCUCAGGCAGCACCAGUGGUUGGAAAGCCAUGUUUGAUGUGAACGUGCUGGCCCUCAGCAUCUGCACACGGGAAGCCUACCAGUCCAUGAAGGAGCGGAACGUGGAUGAUGGGCACAUCAUUAACAUCAAUAGUAUGUCUGGCCACCGAGUGACACCCCAGUCUGUGGUCCAUUUCUAUAGUGCGACCAAGUACGCCGUCACUGCAUUGACAGAGGGACUGAGGCAAGAGCUUCGGGAGGCCCAGACCCAUAUCCGAGCCACGUGCAUCUCUCCAGGUCUGGUGGAGACACAAUUCGCCUUCAAACUCCAUGACAAGGACCCUGAGCGGGCAGCUGCCACCUACGAGCACAUAAAGUGUCUCAAACCUGAGGAUGUGGCCGAGGCAGUCAUCUAUGUCCUCAGCAGCCCUCCACACGUCCAGAUUGGAGACAUCCAGAUGAGGCCCACGGAGCAGGUGACCUAGUGCACUGAGGGGGAGCUCCUCCUUCCUUCCCCACCCCUCAC